AUUAGCGUUGCAAUAUAUCGGAAGUACUCAAAUUGGAUAGCUAUACGUGUGAUUAGCAUGGUUUUUGUAAUAUUUUAGUUGAUAAAGAUAAAUGUUGAAGAUAAUAAUUAAAAUCCCAGAUAAUAAACUUUGUGAAUUUUCAUCAUUAGAAGUGUAUAAAAAAAUAGAUCAAUAAAAUAGACACUAAAUGAAAAUAAACAUACCAAAAGUUUCCUGAAAGGCAUCAAUAUUUGUCUUUGUAAAACAUGAAAGAAAUUAGCGGGUGUUGUGAUAUUACAAACAAUCCAGUUAAUAUCAAAAAGUUGUCUUCUCAUUAUGUCAUCUGGAGAUUCAUUUUGAGAUGGUUCUGGAGGAUUUUCACAUGCCAUGGUAGUAAUGUUUCUAUUCUUAAUGAGCAUAGAGUUUUUACAAUACAUCCACGAAAUGACCCUGCAGACACAAUUUUUCCUAAAAACCAAAUCAAGUCAAGCAAGUAUACCUUAUGGAACUUUAUACCAAAGAAUUUAUUUGAACAAUUUAGGAGGGUAGCAAAUUUUUAUUUCCUCGUAUCAGCAAUAAUUGCCAUGACAAUAGAGUCACCAGUUUCACCUCUAACAACAUUUCUUCCUCUUUUUUUUGUCAUACUUGUGACUGCUGGAAAACAAGGUUACGAAGAUUUUUUAAGACAUCGAUCUGAUGACAGAGUCAAUGGUAGUCUAGUCACUGUAAUUCGAAAUAAAUGUAUGCAAGUAAUUAAAUGUGAUCAAAUAGUUGUAGGUGAUUUAGUAAAAGUUUCACGAGAUGAUGAUGUACCAUGUGAUUUAAUUCUUUUAUUUAGUAGUGAACCUAAUAGUUCUUGCUAUGUCACAACAUCUAAUUUAGAUGGAGAAACAAAUUUAAAAACUCUUCAAGUGCCAAAAAUAUUUUAUGAUAAAUCAGUAGAAGAUGUAGUAUCUGUGGAAGCUUUAGUCACUUGUCAGCAUCCCCAACCUAAUCUUUAUGAAUUUCAUGGAAAAAUAGAAAUAAAAUUUUCUGAAAAUGAAUUAACUUCAGGAUUUUUAACAAUAGAAAAUAUGUUACUUAGAGGAUCUAGACUUAAAGAUACAGAAUUCAUUCUAGGAACUGCUGUUUACACUGGAUCAGAUACUAAGCUUUCUUUAAACUCCAAGUCAACGCCAAAUAAAUUUUCUACAGUGGAAAGGAGCAUCAAUACGUAUUUAAUCUUCUUCAUAUUCAUUCUCUUUCUGGAGAUAUUUUUUUCUACAGCAAUAAAAGAAUAUAAUGAAUCUACACAAUCUUGGUCGAGUUAUCUUGGCUAUGAUUCGCAAAUGAACUUCUUCAGAUUAAUUGUCGAUGUUUUAUCAUUUACUGUUCUUUAUAAUUACAUCAUUCCAAUCUCCCUUUAUGUAACAGUAGAACUUCAAAAAUUCUUGGGCUCUUUCUUCUUUCGAUGGGACAUAGAUAUGUAUGAUGAAAGAAAUGAUCAACCAGCUCUGGCAAAUACCUCAGACUUGAAUGAAGAUUUAGGCCAAAUCGAAUAUCUAUUCACAGACAAGACUGGUACAUUAACAGAAAAUCUAAUGGUCUUCCGAAGAUGUUCAAUAAAUGGUAAUAUAUACAUAGAAAAAGAUUGCAAUGGAAAAAUAUAUCAAUUACCUGCUAAUGGUGAUGAACGAGAAGCCAUUAAAAUUAUAAACUGGCCACCAGAAGUUUGGCACUUUAUGAUCGCUCUUUCUUUAUGCCACUCGGUUCAUGUAGCACCUCCUAUAGUGAUGGAGAGUGUGGUUGCAAGAAGAACAGCGUUUCGAGAAAGUUUCCGUCAAAGAUCCAUUACUAGAGUAAAUAGUUCAUUAUUAAUGGAUCCUAAUUUGCCAGAAUAUCAAGCAGCUUCUGCAGAUGAAAAAGCAUUGGUUGAAGCAAGCGCAAGAUGUGGAGUUGUGUUGACGAAUUAUAUUGGGGAUCAAAUAGAGAUCAAAGUUGGAGAUCAGAUGAUGUUUUUUACUAGACUGGAGGUGUUAGAGUUCACAUCUGAAAGAAAAAAGAUGUCUGUGGUAGUUCAAGAUACAGCAGGAGAUUUAUGGCUUUAUUCCAAAGGUGCUGAUUCUGAAAUGUUCCCAUUGUUAAAGGAUGGAAAAAUUAAUGAAACUGAAUUACAUGUUGCAGAUUUUUCACAAAGAGGUCUUAGAACUCUAAUCGUAGCAUACAAGAAACUAACUACUCAAGAGUAUGAUGAAUUUGUACGAUUAGCUGAAAGAGCUAGACAAGUAAUUGGACCAGACCGUUCAACAGAUGUUGCUAAAGUUUAUUACUCUUUAGAAAGCGGUUUAACAUUGUUAGGUGCCACUGGGAUUGAAGAUCGUCUUCAAGAAGGUGUUCAAGAAACUUUAGAGUCUCUUCGUGCUGCCAAUAUCAAAAUAUGGGUUUUAACAGGAGAUAAAGCAGAAACAGCAGAAAAUAUCGCUUUUUCUUGCGGACACUUCAAAAGUGGUACAGAAGUAUUGAGACUCAUGAGACAAUCUAUAGUGCAAAAUUGUUUCAUCACAUUAACAAGUUUUGAAAGAAAAAUGAAAUUAGAACCGUAUAAGCAAUACGGUCUAAUAAUAGAUGGUACAAGUAUAGCUAUCGCCUAUAAAAGUUUUCCAGAAUUAUUAAGGAUAGUAACAAUGAAUUGUGAUGCUGUAGUCUGUUGUAGAAUGUCACCACUUCAAAAAUCAGAGAUUGUUCAGCUGAUAAAAAAUGCUAAAAAGCGGCCAUUGACUGCCGCAAUUGGUGAUGGUGGUAACGAUGUUUCAAUGAUUCAGGAGGCUCAUGUGGGUAUUGGAAUAUUGGGUAAAGAAGGAAGACAAGCUGCUAUGAAUGCUGAUUUUGCAUUUUCUAAAUUUAUGCAUCUUAGAAAAGCUCUACUAGUUCAUGGCCAUUGGUAUUACGUACGAAUUAGCAUUUUAACACAAUAUUUCUUCUACAAAAAUAUUGUUUUUAUCACUCCACAGUUAUUGUUUGGAAUAUUCAGCGGCUUUUCAGCUCAGCCACUUUAUGCUAGCAUUUUUCUUAUGCUAUUCAACGUAAUAUUUACAUCUCUUCCAGUUCUGACAUUUGGUCUUGUAGCUCAAGAUUAUUCUGCAAAAACCCUUUUAAAUUUUCCUCAGUAUUAUAUGUUAAAUAAAAAGAAUAGAUUACUAUCGGGUUAUCAAAUGAUCAGCUGGAUGAUUGUUGCACUGUGGCAGACAUGUGUAAUUUACUUCGGAACGUAUGCAUACUGGAAUAUGAACCCAGUUAAUUUAUGGGACAGCUCGGAGGCUAGUUUUGAGUGUUUCUCAACUUGCAUUUUCCAUUUGGUUACUCUGGUGACUAAUUUAGAGUUGUUAAUAAGAAAUCCUUUUUGGACAUAUCCCUUUAUUUCAAGCAUCGUUUUUUCCGAAAUUAUCUUUUUUAUUAUUACUUUUAUUUUUUCUUCUCUAGAUGUUCGAAUUAGUAAACAAAUGUUUGGAGUUUUCUAUCAACUGUUCUGUUCUCCUUCUUUUUGGCUGCUAACGAUAAUCAUAGUACCUGCAUGUCUUCUCCCUGAUACCUUGAUAUCAAUUUAUGAACGCUACAGACCUAUGAAGUUGAAUUAUCAGGAAGCAAGAGAGGAAUCAUUAAAUGAUACUUACAGCGAAUGGAGUGAACCUUCUGUAGAAGAAAGGAGAUUUACUUUAACUCCAUGGCGAGGAAACUUUUCUUUCAAUCAUAAAUAAAUUAACAUAAAUAAAAUCAAUAAGACUGAAUAUAAAAGGGUGACUAAAUCAUCUUCAUGAUAUCACAUUUCAUUAGAAAUUAUAUUCUUUAAAAAUCCAUAUUGCGAAUUAUACCAGAAAGUCUUAUACGAGAGUAAUGGCAUAUUUCUCAGUUAAUUCGAGAAUCUAACAAGCAGAAUAAAUAUUUAGAGGAAGGAGUUCAAGCUUGCAAGCUUCCAGAAUUAGACGUAAAUAAUCCAGAGAUUUUAAAAUUCAUCCACAAUGUUCAACCACU